AUUAUUUUGUCCACACGUCAUAUCUUCGGUCGUUCCAUCGAUCUGGGACUAAUAACUUGCCUCACGUUAUUCUCCGAAGGAAAUGAAUGGAUCAUUAACUUAAGCUUUUGCGCUUUUACAAGAUUUACCAUGCCAUUUAAUUGUCAUGUUUGUAGUGUGAUGAAAUGUGAAUAACAAGCAGUUUAUUUCAUCGCCAUGGGAAGAUUCAGUUAUCGAAACGGCACUUCCUUGUUCUGUUCCAGCUGAAAACCAACGCAACGAUCGUCAGAGACACAUUUGGCCCGAAAUCCAGGGGGCGGAUCUUUUGAAUCCCCGAUCUCUCUCUCUCUUCUAUACGUGGGUGAGCCCACUAUCUGCUCUCAGACUCAGCUGUCAUCCAGUCAUGAUUGUGAUUUUACCCGUAUUUUGUACGUAAAUAAUGUUGAAUUGUCUCUAUGUAUGUACAUUACACUCUUGGCAUGUGACAUCUGGAAAAAAAGGGUAAAACCUUGUUAGAUCUGCAAAAAACUGCACUGUGCCUGGCCCUGGGAUGGAAAAAAAAAUCCUCAUUCUGACUGACAUUCACCAAGUUAAUUGAAGUGGCCAGGUUGACUUUAAAGUUUAGUGUGGCAACACUGUUCUGCAUACCUUUUUUGGAUAUAUUGGUCAUUUUUGUAUGGUUCAUAAGUCAGAAAGUGUUGGAUUUCCACAUAGAUGUGAUUGAUGAGUGAUCAAACAUUGGACUCGCUCAUCCUACGAUACGAACGAGGUUAUAAAUAGCGAUUGGACUUAGACUAGAUUAUUUCAUUCUUUCUCAGUUUCUGUCUGUUGCCUUUUGCUAGUUGCAGCAAGUGACCCACAAUGUCGUUGAAGGAGAAUUUAGAGAAUUUUCUUGAGCACUAUGAUAACAUGACGGAUCUGUCAUCAUCGUUGGAUGGAUCUGAUUCAUUUGAACUUGAGUUUCUUCAUCUGAAGCAGAUCUCACAGAGGUAUAGAACUGAGAAGGUCUAUCCAACAUCUGCAGGAGAAAGUGAUGUUAACAUGAGGAAAAACAGAUACAAAGAUAUUUUACCUUUUGAUCAUUCAAGAUUUCUGUUGAGUCAGAUUGAGAAUGUAGAAGGUUCAGAUUACAUCAAUGCAAACUAUCUCAAGGGUGUGAGUAAUGACCAUUCAUACUUAGCAGCACAGGGCCCUCUCCCUCAUACAGUCAAUGAUUUCUGGAGGAUGCUCUGGGAAAGUAACACACAAAUCAUUGUCAUGGCAUGCAAUGAAUUUGAACAAGGGAGGCACAAAUGUGAAAGGUACUGGGUAGACGAUGGAGAGGAACAUUCGUUUGGAGAUAUAGUUGUCACACAAAUAACACAAAGGAGGGUUACCAAAGACUUUAUGAUCAGAACCUUGAAAGCCACUAGGGAAACAGAUUGGACAAGGAUUGAUCAUGGAUCGGACAAGAAUGUCAUGGACAAAGAAUCGAAAAUAUUCAACCAGUUCCAUUACACAGCCUGGCCGGACCACGGAGUCCCUACAUCAGUCAAACCUAUCUUAGAUAUGAUCAAACUAGUCAGAGAGUAUCAGCAAGCGGAGGAUCCUCCUAUACUUGUCCAUUGCAGUGCUGGCUGUGGAAGAACAGGAACAAUAUGCGUCAUAGACUACGUCAGGAAUGCUCUUCAAUUAGAGAAAAUAGACCAGAAUUUCAGCCUUUAUGACAUCAUUGUGGAGAUGAGGAAACAAAGACAUGCCAUCGUCCAAACAAGGAAUCAAUACGAGCUGGUGCACAGAGCAGUGGUUGACAUGUUUCAGUCGCAUCUUGGUAUUAAACCAGAGGAUUUUGGUCACAACUAUGAAAAUGUUCAACUCAAGCAUGAACGUUUUGACCAUGUCGAACAGCCAAGAAUGCCACCCAGGGUACCCGGACAGACCGGAGGAGCAGAGAAGAGAGACUCAGCAAGCCAUAAUUACGUCAACAUUAAUGUCUCAUCCACAGGGGCAAUAGAGUCUCCAGAGAUACCAAUGCCCAGAUUACCAUCUGGACCAACCAAAUCCUCUAAAGGCUCAGACAGCCCAGAUGGUACCAUCUAUGCCAACUGUGAUGUGCGUGCUGGGUCAGGAGACUCGGGCAAGCAAACACAAGAUGCUUCACAACAUAGUAGCAGCAAACAAACAUCACAGCCAAAAUCUCGACCUAGUCCCGAUGAUCGCUACAAAAACAACUUCAAGGCAACACUCUCUGCCUUUAAGGACUUUGAGUUGGACGUUGGACCACCUCAGACGUCCCCACCAUCACCGACUCCCUCAUCAUCACAAAACAAACCCAAACCCACACAGGCAAUCAAGCCUGCUGCUCAGGGUAAACCACAGAUAGCUGGGAAACCCAAGACCAAACCUAGCCCACCUGUCAAACCAAGCUCAGUGGAUGUCAAUACAAAGCCAGGGUCUGAGAAACUAGGGAAUGGCGAGUUUGUGAAAACAGUUGCCACCAGGCAAAAUUCCAAUCCCGUAGGAAAGCCAGCACAUGUUAAGGAUGCCUCUCAUUCAGCAGCUAAGAGGGACGCACUGAAACUACCUGUGAAGCCAGCAAGGCUUUUAGAAAAGAGUAAAUCAGAAGGUGAUGGAAUGGGGUCGCCAGGGGUAAGACAAGGCCUGGGGAAGCCUUUCUUGAAAGGGGCUAAAGGAGAUCGUCCAGCGCAACCACCUCCUAAACCACCUACAGCAAGCUCAAAACCACCUUUACAAAGAGCAAAUGGUGAAGAUAAGCCGAGUGGGAAGGGUAGACAUGAUUAUGAAGAAGUGCAUAUAAGUCCUCCAGCAGAUAAGGGUAAGGAAACUACAGAGUUAACAAGCAGCAAGAACCUCCGGGGUUCGCCCACGCAGCAGAUGGACUCUUUUGAUGCAAAGGAUAGUGGCAUCGUAAGGAGAAAGACAGAUUCAUCUUCUAGAAAGCUUUCAAGUGGUUCAAUUGGAUCUGACAGCAGAUCCUCUCGCAAGAACUCCGAGGAGUAUGCUUAUGUGCAGCAACCGACGAGCAUAAUUGAUAAGCUUUUAAAGAGCGAAGAAGCAGCAGCAAGUCCAAAGCCAGCAGGGAGCAUGUACGCAGAGGCAUACUCAGAAGUACCCAACUCACCUGUCAAGCCUGGUCAGAGAAUGUCCACUUCUUCAAAAGAGUAUAGCUAUGUGGAUACCAGUAAGAUCAUACCUCCGGAGAAACCCAAACGUGGGGAGAGUGUGUCUGGUGGCAACGGCGACGGAGCCUAUGAUCUUGUAGGAAUUCCCAGUAAUGACAGUACCUUUGAUUCCUUCAUGGAUUCAGACAGCUUAUACUCACCGACAGGCGAAAGCAUAGAUAUGGAUGAUGACAUUCCAGUGGUACCAGCUAGGACAGCACAGUCAUAUCAAUUAGUAGAUGAGGAGGAAAAAGAAGAAAAGACCUCAGGUUCGGGUAAAAUGAACAAAAUGAAAGCCAGAUUUGCAAACUCAAGAGAUAUCAUUGGGGAAAACAAAGGCAAGAUAGUCAACAAUACCAAAGGACUCUUCAAAAGACUUGGAGGUGCUUUGAAGCCAGAGUUGAGUCAUACUGCUCCAUCCCCUGAAACAGAUACAGCAAAACCAUCAAAUAUCAAUGAUUUAUUAGAGAAAACACUGUUAGAUUACAAACCUGCAUAUAAAGAAGGCCCUGUAAGCUAUAAAGACCAAGAGAUUGGUUUCCCCAAAAGAAUAGGCAACCCAAAGCGCCCAAGAUCGCCACCAAGCAGCUGGGGAAUCACAAGUGCUCAUCAGGUCCGUUUAUGAGCUCCUUCAUCCCAUCGUUUGCUGUUUAACCAUGGACUAUACUGGAACUUGGCACCCUCUGUACAGAGUCUAUGGGAAUCACAGAAUACAAUAGUUAAUGUGUUGAAUUAAAAUGAUGUAAUAAUGGUGAAAUCCAGGAGAAUGUUUCAUGAAGGCUCUCCUCGAUGAUUCUCACCGAUGAAUUUGAUUUCAACCAAUCAGAUGCAAGGAUGGGAUGUCAGUGGAUAUCAUUGACAUAUUACUUCAAGAUGCACUUUUCAAGAGGUUUUUCUGUGAUAUUGUUUUGGAAAAGUCACCUUGGUCAUUCAAGAACUAAACUAGUUUUAAACAUUUCAACAGUAUACCACAUCUGAUAAUCUACAAAAGCUAAUGACAAAUAAAUUCAUAAAUAAAUGAAUGAAUAGAGAAAGAAAGAAAAAAGUAAAUAAAGAAUUCAUU